GUAAUUGUAUGGUUUAUUAUGCAAUUUCAUUGUCAUGGUAUUGGAAGUAUGUCUACCCUCUAUUAGCAAUGGCGAAAUAUAUCCUCUUCCCAAGGUAAAGAAAGAGGCAUUGGCGUGUUGGAGUGAAAAUUGCUCAAAGCCCAAAACACAAACGCGGGAGACAAAUUGAAAGUUGCGAUAAUCCAAUUCCACACACGGCUCUAUUGCAGAAAUCUCUGUAUCAUUCAAGCACUUGUGCCAUCUCUUCUGUUACUGUUAUUGCUGUGCUGUCCAUUCUUCCUGAUCCGUGUUCUGCCGCUAUGACAGUUGAUAUAUGUAUAUUUUUUAUUCUCUUUUUCUUAUGGUGUUACUGUAGCCUUGGUUUUUUGGAGGCUCAUAUAACGAGGUCAAUGUAAUUCCCUUUUCGGUUGAGGUCCUCCUCCCACCCUCUUCUUUUAGCCUCAUUGAAGACUAUCUUUUUGGCUUCCACCUUCCACCCUUUCUUAGAGAGAGAGAGAGAGAUACAGAUAUAUACAAGGUUAGAAUGAGCGUGAGCCAUCUUUUUUCCAUUAAGGAGGUGGCAUUCUAUCACUCGCCUCUCUUUGACACUUUCAAGCAACUCACUUCUUUUCUACACUGCCAACCAUUCAGUUUUUCACCCUCUUUCUUUCUGUUAAGUCACUGCACUCUCUCUCUUUCUCUAUAGUCUACACUUUACAUAAAAAUGGGCUGCUCUCAAAAUUCUGUAUAUUGCCACAGAAACAGACAUCUGGUCAUGUCCUUGCUCUUCCUCUCUGUUUCAAGCUUGAUCCAAGUCAGAUUCAUGGCUGAAGGUAGAGCAAUAUCCAAACUAACAGAUGCUGAAGUCUCGCAGAAACGAGCGGAUGCAGAUAACAUGGUAAUCAGCAGGAGUAUGAUAGGCUCAAGUCCACCAAAAUGUGAGAGAAAGUGCAGCUCCUGUAAGCACUGUGAGGCAAUUCAGGUUCCAGUGACAACCCAAGCCGCCCACAGAAGUCGUUUCUCUGCAGUUUCUUAUGACAGAGGUGAUGGUGUCUCCAACUACAAGCCCAUGAGCUGGAAGUGCAAGUGUGGGAAUUUGAUUUUCAAUCCAUGAUACAAAGGAACUCUUUUAGUUAGAGAGAAUCCAGAAAUGUAGCUUAGUGUAUUUGUGACUCAAGUUGUACACUUUGUUAUAUGAGUUAAGUUGGAUUUCCACUGUUCAA